CAAGGCUAUUCGCAACAACCACAAACAAGAGAGCUAGAGAUGAGUUCCUCCAUUAAUUUUCCUUCGUUUGCUUCAAUGGCUGCUCUGCUAUUUGGUUUCUGUGUAUUAUCGUCGACAUUGCCAGAACUUGCAAUGGGGUUAACGAGGAACUACACAUUCAACAUCAACUACCUCAACGUCACGAGGUUGUGCCAUACGAGGAGCAUUCUCAGUGUCAACGGAAAGUUUCCGGGGCCGCCGUUGGUGGCAAGGGAGGGCGAUCGUGUCAUUGUUAAGGUGGUUAAUCAUGUCACAAACAACGUCACCAUACAUUGGCAUGGAGUUCGGCAGCUUAGAAGCGCGUGGGCUGAUGGGCCAGCUUAUGUUACGCAGUGUCCUAUACAGACUGGGCAGACGUACACAUACAACUUCACGGUCAGUGGACAAAGAGGAACUCUCUUAUGGCAUGCACACAUCUCGUGGCUAAGAUCUUCUAUUUAUGGGGCCAUCAUCAUCCUCCCAAGGCGCAAUGAAUCUUACCCCUUUCAGAAACCCUACGCCGAAAAGUCCAUCAUUUUUGGAGAGUGGUUUAACGUGGAUCCAGAGGCUGUGAUUACCCAGGCUCUCCAGACAGGAGCAGGUCCCAACGUUUCUGAUGCAUACACCAUCAAUGGUCUUCCGGGCCCAUUGUACAACUGCUCUUCUAAAGACACAUACAAGCUAAAGGUGGAGCCAGGGAAGACGUAUCUGCUACGCCUGAUCAACGCUGCACUCAACGACGAGCUUUUCGUCAGUAUCGCCAACCACAGCCUCACCGUGGUUGAAGCGGACGCUGUGUACGUUAAACCUUUCGAAACGGACACGCUCCUCAUCGCCCCAGGCCAAACCACAAACGUUCUCCUCAAAACCAAGCCCAACUACCCCAAUGCCACUUUCCUCAUCGCCACUAGUCCCUACUUCACCGGCCUUGGCACCUUUGACAACUCCUCCGUCGCCGGAAUCCUCCAAUACAAGCACCCAUCACAUAAAUCUUCCAAUAAAAACCUUACGCUUCAUAGACCAACCUUCCCCGCCAUCAAUGCCACAAACUUCGUCGCAAACUUCACCAAAAAAUUCCGUAGCUUGGCCAAUCCCAACUACACCGCCAGCGUUCCUCAAACCGUGGACAAGAAAUUUUUCUUCGUUAUCGGGCUCGGGACUUUCCCUUGUCCUACAAACACCACCUGUCAAGGACCCAGUAACACCACAAAAUUCGCCACUUCGAUUAACAACGUGUCGUUUAAUCUCCCGUCGGUGGCUUUACUCCAAGCCCACUUUUUUGGACAGUCUAACGGCGUUUACACUACUGAUUUUCCGACAACGCCACCGGUGACGUUUAACUAUACGGGAACGCCGCCCAAUAAUACUAACGUGAGCAAUGGCACGCGUGUUGUGGUGUUGCCGUUCAACGCAAGUGUGGAGGUGAUAUUGCAGGGCACUAGCAUUCUUGGUGGUGAGAGUCACCCUCUCCAUCUGCACGGCUACAAUUUCUUUGUUGUUGGACAGGGUUUCGGAAACUAUGAUCCAAACAAGGACCCUGGUAGCUUCAAUCUAGUCGACCCAGUUGAGAGGAACACGGCCGGCAUUCCGGCCGGUGGCUGGCUCGCUAUUCGCUUCUUGGCGGACAACCCAGGGGUGUGGUUUAUGCAUUGCCAUCUAGAUGUCCACACGAGCUGGGGGCUAAGGAUGGCGUGGAUUGUCUUGGAUGGGCCAGAGCCGAAUCAGAAGUUACCACCGCCACCGUCCGAUCUUCCAACGUGCUAACUUGAUGACCGAUUGUUGGUCCGGACCGGCGGAUAUGCAUUGCAUUUUUUUCUUUUCUUUCCCGAGUGGUUUUGUUUUAUUUUUCAAUUUUCAUUAAUAAUUGUUUUUUGAUGAUCAAAUACUUUCCGAUUGUUUUUCACCUUUGGUUGAGAGAGAUCAAAGGGGCUCUCAUGAGAUUGAUAAUAAAUAUUAAUUAAUGAUCUUCUUCUA